CACACCAUCCUGAAUGUACAUAAACAAGGUCGAAAUUCGCUCGUAAAACAUUUUCCCCCAAAACUCGGAGCACGCUGAUCAAAGUCCCAGUAAACAAAACCCCCCAAAGAUGUCGGCCAUUUCGGGACGUGCACUUCACUACGUUUUCAAGAUCGGAGAUCGCGCGAAAAACUCAUUUUUCUUUCGCCAAAUCUUGGGAAUGACGGUGCUGCGGCAUGAGGAGUUCAAGGAGGGAUGCGAUGCCGAGUGCAACGGGCCCUACGACAACCGGUGGAGCAAAACGAUGGUGGGCUAUGGACCCGAAAGUUCGCAUUUCGUCAUCGAACUGACGUAUAACUAUGGAGUGAGCAGCUACGAAAUGGGCAACGACUUUGGCGGCGUGACCAUACAUUCCAAGGACAUUCUUUCCCGGGCCGCCGAGCACUCGUAUCCUGUUACCCAGGUGCCUGGCAAGCCGGGCAGUCUGCUUACCUCGCCCGAUGGCUACAAGUUCUAUGUGAUCGAUCAGCAGUCGGCCAGCUCCGAUCCUGUCCAGUCGGUGGAGCUGCAUGUGAGCAAUCUCCAGAGCUCGAGGAAGUACUGGCACGACUUACUCCAGCUGCAGUUGCUCGAGGAGAGCGAGGGCGGCCUGCGUUUGAGUUACGGCGCCCAGCAGGCUUCGCUGCAGAUCACCCAGAUCGCAGAGGCCAUUAACCGAGCCAAGGCCUAUGGCCGCGUUGCCUUCGCCAUUCCGGCGGCCCAGCAGCCGCCGCUUCAGGAGGCCGUCAAGGCGGCCGGCGGCACCAUUUUGACGCCCCUCAUCACGCUGGACACGCCGGGCAAGGCCACCGUUUCGGUGGUGAUCCUCGGCGAUCCCGAUGGCCAUGAGAUCUGCUUCGUCGACGAGGAGGGCUUCGGCCAGUUGUCGCAGGUGGAGCCCGAUGGCGCCCAGCGGCUGGACAGAUACAUCGAGAAGGAUCCCUUCCAGGCGAAGUGAUGAUCCCAGCGACCCAGCGAUCCCAGCGAGCACUGAUAUUUGUACACACCACCCUGUAUUUUGGAUUCUAUGGUUUUUGGCUGUCUUUGAUGGAGAUAUAUAUUAUUUUACCGCACACUUGAAAUGUUAUAUAUGAUAUUAUACACCUAGGCCCGAGCUUUGCCUGUUGAUCGAGAAAAAGGCCUUGAAGUACUUACAUUUCGUUUACAUAAACUGUCGAUAAACCUUA